AUGCUCUCAAACUGGCACGUCUCAACAUCCUGCCUGUUGUUGUUGUGGCUGUGUACAAGUAACGCCCUGUGCCCGACAUCGUGCACGUGCAACCAAACGGACAAGGGCAAGAAGAAGGUGAGCUGCAUCAAAGGCGGACUGCACGACCCGCUGCCCACCGACGAGAUGGACCUGGGCAUGGAAGUGUUGGAGAUAUCGGCGCCGGACGACGUGAAGAACACCCUCACCAUAUCGCAGAUCUUUCAGCGGUUCAAGAGCUUGGAGGAGCUGACCAUCAGGAAGUCGAACGUGCAUCAGAUCGCGAUGCACGCUUUCUGGGGCGUGCCCAGCAUCAGACUGUUGGAUCUGUCCUUCAAUCGGAUAACCAACAUCCUGGACCACAACUUCCGCGGACUGGUCAACCUGGUGGAAUUGAAUCUGGACCAUAACAGGAUCGGCCGCAUCCAGAGUGGCGUCUUUAAACACUUAACCGAGUUACGAAUAUUAAGUUUGCAGAAUAAUUUGAUUAGUGAAUUGGUGCCACGGAUGUUCGUAAAACUUGUUAAGUUACAUGUGCUCAAGCUUAGUGGAAACAAAUUCGAGGAGCUGGAUCCCGAGGCUUUUAAGGAUAUACCGGAUCUGCGAGUGCUGGAAUGUCGGGGAUGCGGUCUUAAAAGAAUAAACACUCAAAUAUACCAUUUGCUGCCUUAUCUCUCUCAUCUCGAUUUGGGAAACAAUCAGAUGCAAUUUAUAGACUACGACGAAUUCCAGGAUCUACAUCGCUUGCAUAGUUUAAAACUCGAUGGCAACUUACUGCCGGUAGUGUUGGAGAGGACGUUCGUCCAUCAGCAGCAGCUCAAGUAUCUGAACCUGGCCCGCAACCGUCUGGCCAAGAUAACCAACACCGCCUUCGUCAACAUGACCAGUCUGGUCGACCUGGACAUCGGACAGAACAAGCUGCGCAAAAUGGAGAUCGUCUCCUUCCAACCGAUCAGCGAAACGUUACAAAGGCUAGUGAUUGGCGGCAACAACAUCGACGUGCCGACGCUCAAACUCAUCCUCCAGACGCUGCACAAAGUCAAAACUUUAGAUAUAUCCGGCAUGAAGUUGCUCAGUCUGCCGCCCAACGUGCUGCCCGACCGCAUAACCGAGCUGAACGUCUCCAGGAACAACCUGACGGAGCUGCCCUACGACAGCCUGCCGCUGCAGCUGAAGAAGUUGGACAUAUCGCACAACCAUUUGCGCGGCCUCAGCGAGCGCGUCGUCCUCAAAAUGGAGAUCCUGCGACACGUCAACCUGACCGGCAACCCGUGGACCUGCAACCUGUGCCACAUCGCCCCCAUACUGUUCCGCGUCAACAAAUCGGACCUGUUCAAAGACGUGCACUGCGCCUCGCCGCGUUCGCUGCGCAACGUGAAGCUGAGCCUGCUGCAGUUCGAGGACAUAACCACCUGCAACAACCCCGACCACGAGGACGAGGCCGAGCCUCUGGACAGGAGCAAGAUGAGCCUCCUCGUCGGCCUCGUAUUCAUCGUCAUCCUGGCGAUAUUCUCCGUCAUUUUCGUCGUCUGCUCGUGCAUGAAGAGGCACUCGCGCAACGUGAUGCUGCAGCAGAAACGGGCGGCCGAGUGUAGGCAAGGGUCGCUCGAGGCGACGACGGCGAUCUUCAGCAAGGGCGAGAUCAGCUUCAAGUUCCCGCUGGACCUGACCGAGCGCAGGAUGUCGGUCUCGACCAUUGACGAGAUCAAGAAGGACACGCCGAACGCCAAUCUGCCCAACGGCACGGGCACCGGCAUUUGA